CUUGGCUUCUAGGAAUUGAGACGAGGAUUUUAGUAUUGAUUUCUCCAUCCAUCCAUUUUCUAAUUGUUUUACCUUGCGUUCAUUACUCGUUGUAUUCAUUUAUUUUUAUCUGUCGAUUUGUGGGCUGUAAAGAUGCCGUUCUGCCUGUCAAGUGAGAUGUGCCCUCUACAGAUUCACAGCACGACUAGUUUUCAGGCUCUUGGUUAACGCUGAUGAAAGAAAAACAACAGCCCAGAAUAUCACACUCAUCCUUGCUCAGUGUUUGUUGUUUUUCUCUACUCCAGGUCUUUUCAGAGACCACUGAUGGACUUUUCUAAUUUGACCAUUUAUUUGAAUAAUGGCAAGAGCAACUCUCCACCUGCCCACGGUAAAAAAAGAUCCUUCAGCAGAGACGUCAACGGCCUUUCUUACACUUGUCAAGAAGGAGAACAGAUGCAGUGUUCCUGUGACCUCUGACCCCAAGAAGCUAAAUUUCAACCCAGAGGUCCCGCGGGGAAAAUAGAAACACCACAGCUGUCCCCAAGACCCCUCCCUGCCGCCAGUGUCUCCCUGAGAGGUUCGUCAUUUUCAAGGGUGCUGUAGUGGAUAUCACUCCAAAGUCCCCCGAAGUCUCUGUUCUGUCUGCACCGAGCUCAGCGCGAGUGUGGACAACACCCGAGCUAUUAAAUAUUGACUUCAUCUUUUUUUUUUUCAUUUACUUUAAAGUGAAAUUAGCACUGCGAUAGCCUUUCUAAACAAACAGUGCUCAACGUUUCAGCACGCCGCAUCACGGGACAGUCUAAGAUGUGGGAGUGAAAAGUCAGCCUCACUCCGUAUGGAAAAGUAACCACUCUGGUCUGUGUGAAGUGGCUGUGAGUGUAGAGAGUCUGCAGAACUCAUCUAGCUGACAGACAGCCCCCCUAAAUUCUGCACUGCAUCCCGAGAGCAACAUGACCUCCUUUUGGAGAAACCCGCGGGCAGGGCUAUUAAUCAGACGGAUCCCAUUCCAAAUAUAAAGCCUGUGUGCACACUGAGGUAGUUAAUAUAGCCAGUGGCUCACGACGCCGAGAAGCCAGCCCUGCCUCUCCUCAAACAUGAUCGCCUGCAAAGAGGGACUGUACUUCGUCUUGGUCUUCAUCUGCCUCCACAUACAGCCCGCUUUUGUGCAGGCCCCUGGGCAGACUGAGCAAAGGAAGCCCUUUUUCGAAAGGCUUAGGAGACUGGAUGAGCAGUUUCGACGAUUCCAAGAGGUGACUCUCACGCGCCUUCAAGGAAUAGCGGAAAAUUACAACAUUUCCUACAACAUCAAUUCCCGUUUCCAGGUUUUGACAGAGCAGUAUGAGAAUAUCUCCAGGGUGCUUAAUGAUUUCCAGGCCACAGUGGACAAUGACCUGAACAGUUUGAAAUUCUGGACCAAGAAGCUGCAGAAGAAAACCAAAAAGUUGGACCUGAAGGUAACAGCUUUGGAGAAAGACUUAAGUGACAAAGGCAAACAGAGUCUGAGAGAGAAUAAGGAACAUAAAUCUCUACUGUUCAACCUGACCCAGGAGCUCCAAAUCCAGAAGAAAGAGAUCAGUUCCUUCUCUGAAGACAGAGAGAAGGUGCAGAGAAGUCUGACGAAUCUCCAGGAUGCUCUCAAAAACCAGGGAGACAAGAUGGUCCAGUUGGAGGUUCAGGUUCGAAGUAUGUUGCAGAAUGAUGCUCUUUCCUCGAGAGUUGCGGCACAGCAUUCUAACCAAACUCCUCAAAUCCUUCAUCCUGGAAGACAAGAUCCGCUCAGGGAGCAGGAGCAGAAGCACCCCAAGACAAGCCUGAAGCUGCAGUUCAAGCACUCCAGGGGCAAGAAAGCCCAGGCCAGACUGCAGCCUCCUGAACCAACCAAGCCACAGCUUCAGCAGCCAGCCCAAGCCCCACUCCAGUCAGAGUCCCAGUCACAGCUCCAGCCCAGCCACCAGGCAGUGACACAACCCCCGCAGCAACCCCUGUCCCAGUCUCAGCUCCAGUCUGAGCCCCAGUCAGAGACACAACCCCUGUCCCAGCCUCAAGCCCAGUCUGAGAACUGUCUGGUUUCUGACUGGAUCCGAUUGUAUCUUACAGUAUGCAAUGUGAAGUCCAUGCUGAUUUUCCCCGGCCCCUCGAUCCAGAACUACGCCACCUUCAGGAAGGGGUUUUCGGCGGGCAUCCACGAGCUGUCCGUCUGCACCUGGCUGCGUGUCGAGGGCGGGUACCUGGGCACCCUGCUGUCCUACGCCACGGAGGAGAACGACAACAAGCUCGUCCUCUACGGCAGGAACUCCAGCGAGCGGGCCAGCGUGGACUUCGUCAUCGGCGACCCCGCCUACCGGGAGCUGCCCGCCGAGGCCCUGCUGGACAACAAGUGGCACCACCUCUGCGUCAUCUGGUCCUCCAUCGAGGGCAAGUUCUGGCACUACACCGACCGCUGGCUCACCUCCACCGGCUCCAAGUUCCAGAAGGGCUACGAGAUUCCGCCGGGGGGCUCCGUCGUUCUGGGCCAGGAGCAGGACUCGGUGGGAGGGGGCUUCGAUGCCGCCGAGGCCUUCGUGGGGAGGCUGGCGGGCUUCGCCGUGUGGAACCGGGCCCUGGAUCCCGGGGAGGUCUCUGGGAUCGCCACCGGCAAGGGCCUACCCAGGGGGACUAUCCUGACCCUCGAUGACCUGGCCGCUGUGAACGGGGCUGUCCAGCACGUGGAAUGCGGCUGCCUCGAGCACUGCCUGUGAAUCAGGGACAGGACGGACCUCUCCGUGCUAGAGCCCUGUGUUCUACAGCUUGCUCUCUAUGCCCAAAACUCCUCCCUUACGGAAGAAGGGAAUUUGUGUAGACUUUGUAAACACGUGCAAGGCCUUCCUGCAGACCAAUACUACUAAUGUACAGACCAAGCAGCUGAGAGGAUGAUCUUCCAAUAACUGCAGCAAGAACAAAAUCCUGUAUUUUUUCUUAAUCCCGUACGAGUGGGAACAAAGGCCGUUCACUGCUGGGGUGAGCAACGCGAAGGAGUCACGUAGCAUGAACAUCUGCUUUUUUGCUGCCCGCGCCAUCUCUCUCCUCGCUGACUCUUCAGUCAUUGCAGACAGAUCCCUUCCCUGCCCUCCCCCCUGGGAGACUCUCCGGCGUCAUGCAUGGCAUCAGGGACGUCCACCUUCAUGGGGGAUCUACAGCGCGAGCUGGAACAACUGGAACAACCUACUCUUCCAUGAAUCGAAUCCACUUUGCUCACCGGGAAAAGAGAACCAAAACCCUAGUAGCCGGGGCUGGAUUUCAUAAAAACAGAAAUGUAACGAAGUUAAUAAACCUUUUUUUUUUCUUUCAAAGCCUUCUUAUUUGCAACCAUUGCUCAGUGUUUGAGUUUCAAAGUAAGAAAACAGAUUAGGAGGUGGGUGAUUUGACUUUAUUACAGAAACCUGGCGCCAAGUUCUAGUUCUGUUGUAACUAAUACUCAAUAGACAUGAAAUAAG